CAACAUGUCAGCCCCCUGAUUCUGUAUUGAAUUACCCCGGAUUAUUGCAACUGACAUAACGAGAGUAGCCGGUACGUUAAAAUAAAAUAUGAGGUUACACUAGAGAUUAGAACGGGAAGGCAACAUCCGAGGAAAUCCUUUGGCGGAAUAACACUCGACCGAUCUCUGAUUCAGUUAGCAUCAUGGAGAAACUGACGGAAAUCGAGCUAGUGGGAGUGCUGGUGCAGGAGCAAAGGCAGGAGUAUGCCACUAGUCCCACAGGCCAAAUGAGUAGUAUAGAGGAUGUUGAGACAGACCAUGGAACGAUGCAGGUGGCCAUCCAGGGCGAGAAAACGAAGCCUGCUAUGGUGACGUUCCACGACAUCGGCCAGAACAGUGCAUCGUGCUAUGGUGGAUUCUUCAGCUUUGCAAACGUUCAGCCGUUGCUGCGCCACUUUAGCAUCUAUCACGUCAAUGCUCCUGGUCAACAGGAGAAUGCCCCGGCAUUACCUGAAAGCUUCGUGUAUCCUACGAUGGAGCAGCUGGGAGAGAUGAUCCUCACCGUGUGCAAUAAACUCGGAAUCAAGAGGUUUGUUGGAUUUGGAGUGGGCGCUGGUGCUAACGUUUUAUCGAGGUUCGCGAUUGUACACCCAACCAUGGUGGAUGCCCUUGUGUUGAUCAAUGGAGUGGCCAAGCAGGCAGGAUGGACAGAGUGGGGGUAUCAGAAGGUGAGCAACUGGUACCUGCGCGGAAAAGGCAUGACCGAGUUUAGUCAGGAUUACCUUCUGUGGCAUCACUUUGGCAAGGACACGACUGAACUCAACCAUGACCUGGUGACGAUAUUUAGGGAGAAUCUGCUAAAACUGAACCCGAUGAACCUCGCCAUGUUUGUAGAUUCAUGGAUCAGACGCACUGAUCUAAACAUAUGUCGUCAGCAAGACCCUGAGAAAAAGAAAGCAAUGAAAGGAAUCAAGUGUCAGGUGCUGGAGAUUACUGGUGCAUUUUCACCACACGUUGAUGACACAGUUGACAUGAACAGCCGACUGGACCCGACUAUUUCCAACUGGAUGAAGCUGUCUGACUGCGGCGGCUUAGUCCUGGAGGAGCAACCAGCGAAGGUGUGCGAAGCCCUCGUGCUCUUUCUACAGGGCAUGGGCUACGGUAAGUUGACCGUGGCUCUCGCCAAAGACAUGCCGCACACCUACCCGAUCUCUUGAACGCUCCCGCUCCGCCUCAUGAUCAGCCUUCCCACCGCACCUGCGAUGCUAAGCUGUACAGCAGCAGUCGAAUAUUUGUCUGUUCACUGGAAGGAGCCCGCGUUGUGUCGGUGCUGGUCCGUCACGUAUCGCGUCAUCAUCGACAGGAAGGAUGAGUGGCCUGCGCAUGCGGCAGUUGUAUUAUAGUUUGAGUACGUUGUAUUAUAGUUCCAGUGGAUGUAUAUGCAACAAGGAAGAAACUGCGGUUGGUCGUGGUUUGUUUAUUGCUUGUCGGUGAGGUUAUAUGGGUGGAGAUGGUUAGGAUGCCUGCGGCCAAAAGUUUCCGUGCGCGCGUUGUUGUCAUCUUCUGCCGCUAGGGGUCGGUACGAUACGAUCCGGCGUGAUCAGUUCAUAUUCUCCGGUGGGCAUAUGUCUCUAUGAAACAGAGUAACCGCGUGCCGUCAGUGUACGUCACGCACGAACUCGGCUAUCUCCGAAGUUGAAUGCAUACAACCUUCUGAUGGUGCUGGUGGGUUCUCCGUGCAUGCAACCGGGUAUGCAACACCGUUAGUAAGCUAAAUAUCAGUUCAUCGCGCGUGGCUCUGUAAACGAUGUUAUUUGUUGAAUAAUUUACAUGUUUACUCGUAUUUUCUGUCGUCCGCGCAGUUCUCAUAAAACAUGUAUAUUGGUAAAUGGAAAAAUGCUACGCGGUUAAAUCGGGUGCAUUUCCUGUGGUUCGUCAAACUCGUAUAGCUGCACGCGCAGUUAGCGAUUUUAAAUUGCAGGUGGCUGGCUUUGUGUGCUGUUGAUUUCGCUUGCUUUUAGUUUCAUCGGAACCAUUUCACUGCAUUUCCCGUCCGCGGGCUGCGACAUUUAUUGCGAAUGUUACGAGUACAUUGUGUCCGUAGCUUACCCGCGCUUGCUCGGAGGCGUUGCCUUUAGCUUACUGUGUUCGAACAUCAAGAGACAAAAUGAGAAUUCGAUGGCUUGCCUAGAUGUAAAGCCGAUGUAAUCCGAAUUCAGGCCCGCGUGCGCAUUUGGGAAUUGGAAAUGAUACAUGAGUGGCGUACGUAGUGAGCACCUGUCUGCACUCGCCCGUUCGCGUGUUGGAUGCUGAUACCGUUUAGCUAAUAUUAGUCAGUUAUGUAACGCUGGCAGACAUGCUGACGCCAUCUAGACGAGAUUUAAAAAAAAGAAUUCGCGGAAGGAUUUCACAGGUUAAUUAAUGUUUUUAAUAUUUUAAUAUUUAUGUUUAUAAUUUUUAAGGUGUUUUAGUAAGGAUAAUUUCGUUAUUGGUUUCGAAAUGCAAACUACUUUCGCGGAAUGUGCAUUGCAGAAUAGACGAACAUCUGAUAGUUAGCUGGAGCACAGGAAAUAUGCUUACAUGAAAAUUUAACGUGCCCCCGAUGAUAUGCCAAUAAUGUCGAUUUAUUAGCGUCCGAAUCAGCGUUUCCCGAUGGUAUAGCACGCCUGCUGUCCGCUGACCGGAAGGUUAUAUAUGACACUAAAUGUUUAAGGCUAACUCAUAGAUCACCCAUGAUGAUAUUCAUACGGCUUGAAGCCGAUGACGCCAGAUGUAGCAUGUGUGUGUAUGUCUCUUUUGGGAAGCCGCUAUUAAACUAGUGCUGUGUGCGAUGACAGUCCGCCGUCUCUAGGGCCCUAGAGUGCGCACGGCAAGUACAUGGCCGAUUGCGCUAAUUUCGUCAUAAGAGCAUUCUAUGAAUAAAUAAAGUACCGGGUCGUGCCCCCGCUAGUGGCCUGUGUUAUUGCGGAUGUUCCACGCUACGUCGACGCGUCACUAGCUGGGAAGCCCCUUGCUGUUGUCAGAAACAUCGUAAAUCGUUGUAACAAACACCAUGAAUAGUUGGGACUAUGAUGAGUCUCUGAGAUUUCUCUUAUUUCUUCUCAUUUUGUGACGUUAAAAAUCUUCUCUCUCUCUCUCUCUCUCUCUCUCUCUCUCACGCGGUCUCGCUCUGUCUCUCUCGUUCUCCCCUCUCUCUCUCGCGCGCGCUC